AUGGCGAACCCCUGGUUCCCUUCAAACAGUGCUUCCGCCUUGUCUCCUUCGCUUCUCACCCCUGGUGACAGUCGCCUCCUCGCCCCUCCUGACCCCCCUGACCUUGACCCUAAUAACCCUCUUUCCCUAGCUCAUUCAGCUUCUAAGAGCUCGUGUCCUUCCUUUACUCCUUCCCUCUCUGUAGGGAUGUCUAAAAACUCAACUUCAGUUGCUUCUAGAUCUACAUUUUCUGGAUCUAGAAACACUGUUCAUGAACCACUAAACUUCAAAAUCCUCCCUCCUAAAAGUUCUUCUCCUAUCCAAACUAACAGAGCAUCCUCCUCUGCUCCUCCCCCUCCUAAUUCGUUGAGACCCUCUCAGAAUCCCGUUCUCCCCUCAAACCCUAACCCUAAAAUCAACCCCUCUCUUCCCUCGGACCCUGCCUCUACCCCAUCUCUUAACCCUUCCAUAGUCUCUAAUCAUGCUCUUAACCCUGCCCCUGCUAGCUUAAACCCCUACUCUUCCACCUCCCUUCCCAGUUCUGCUCCCUCAAUUGCAGAAAAAAUUCGCAAGUCUGUAGAUAAGUCUCUGCGUAGACGAGCCCCGAUUUCUUCCUCAGAGUCUGGUCGUCCCCGUGUCUUCAUUCCGGAGAGUGUCUUCCAGAAAGGUGCUGAACUCCAUAAAGACUUCAUUAUAUGUUAUUUCAACGGGCGGCCUCCUCCAUUCAAACACAUCCAGAAUGUCUUGAAUAGUCUUUGGGGUAAAGGCUCGCGUGUAGAGAUACACUCUAACCCUCUGUCUCGCUCAAUGCUUGUUAGAAUCCCCUCUGACUACUUGAGGCUGAAGAUACUUGAGAAACGAGUCUGGUAUAUUGGAGACUCGAUGUUCCAAGCAGUCCAGUGGACGUCCACAGCAUCUUCUUCUUCCCCGCCUCUGCAGUCGAUCCAGAUUUGGGCGCACUUGCAAGGCAUUCCACUAGACCUGCGACAUGAAGAAGGGCUCAGUUUGAUUGCAGGUUUAGUUGGUGAACCUAAGGAAACAGAUGAUUUUACAUUAAACUUGGUGAGCCUCACUAUGUCUCAUGUAAAAGUGGCGGUUGAUCUCACGCAUCCUUUGCCAACGGUGGUGGAAUUUACUCGUCAGUCUGGUGAUGUGGUGGAGGUAGCUGUCUCCUACCCUUGGGUCCCCCCAACUUGCUCUCAUUGUAAGGAACUCGGCCAUAUCAUGAAAAACUGUCUGUUGUUGCCUCCGCCUGAAAAACAGAACACGCAGAAACAAAAAGGAAAAGCUCCUGCUUCUUCUGCUACUCCCUCAAAGAACCAGUCUACUCCCAAACCCAAGGAGAAGGAUUCUGUCAACCUUGCUUCUUCUUCUGCUGCUCCUUCUCCCGCUCCCCCUCCUGUCCCUCCUCUAAAUCCUUUGCCUUCUCAAAAGCCUCUUCCUUUUGUCCCUCCCCCUUCCCCUCCCCCUAAGCUAUCCCCUUCUCCUCCUCUCCUCCCAUUACCUAACCCUCCUCCUACCCCUCCAUCCCUACCCCUCUCCAUCCCUCCUCAAUUAUCUUUUUCCUCUCCACCCUCUCCACCUGAUUACCCAAAGAAAAGACCCCGCCCAAGCUCCUCCCAAUCCUACCCUUCCUUCACUGCUCAGCUAAAUUCUUUUUCCACCCCUCAGCUUCUUUUUGGUCCCUUGCCUUUGCCUGCCCUUCCUCCUCCUCCCUCCAGUUCUUUUGACUCAAAUCCUUUUGCUAUUUUGGCUACUCACGGUCCUCUUCCCCGGGAAGAGGUCAUUGAUUAA